GCCGCCAUGACGACCAACAGCACCGCGGGACCCAAAAAGAUCCGGACGGAGUACAUGAAGAAGUUCCGCGACCCCAAAUGGGAGACGUUCACCAAAUGCUACCAGGACUCGCUGAGGUACCGGAUCACCCGCCGGCUGAUGGAGCAGACGCACAGGCCGCUGUUCGAGGACGGCUGGGACGGCGCGUCCGACUCCAGCGGCAAGUCCAGCCCUGGCCCGAGGCUCCGAGCUGCCGCCGCGGGGGCGUCCUCGUCCGAAUCCAGGUACGACAGCAACGCCGCCGACGUUCCCGCGGACCCGGGUCCACUCCCUGUAGAGAACGGUUACCGGGACGCGCCCGAAAACGGACCCGGGGUGAAACGGAUGCACCGAGCCCCCCGCCCCGAGCCGGGCUUCCCCCGCCGCGAGCCGGACACCGAUGACUCCACUGACGCUGCGCCGAGGAACCCGGGCAGAGCCAGGAGCCAGCCGCCGGUCAGCGCCGAGCCCAGGGACUGGACCGAGGGGAGUCUGGGGGUCAGGGAGCGGAGGAGACCCAACAUGAGGGGGUCGGUGUCCGCCGGAGAGAUCCACCGGGCCGACGUCGGCGUCCAGACCCGCCGAGACUCCGAGAAGCGCGGCAAGGCCCUGGAGCGCCGGCGAGCCCGCUCGGCGGACCUGGAGAAGUCGCGGCGGGGGGCGGGGCUGACGCCGGUCAAGGACUGCUGGAUCACCGAGUACAUGCGCUGCUUCUCGGCCCGGCUCAGGUAGAGGCGGGGAGGAUCCAACCCGCAGGUCCAGGAUCGGCUCAGGUUCGAGGAUUCGGAACUGCUGUUCCAGGUGAUCGCCUGAUCACGUGAUCACCUGUACUGUCGGUGCUGGCAGGCCCAAAAGUAUUCGGACACCCUGUCAAAUGUUUGCUAAAGGAAAUCAUACAACAGUUUAGGGAAGGCCCUCGCCUAGCUCUAUAAACUCUACGUCCUCAGCCCCAACUGAACGGCUUUGGGACGAACCAGUACACAAAUUCCCACACUACUACUCAAACUUCCCAUACUACACAGUCUAAGCGAUUGAGGGUUUAGGGUCUUGCUCAAGGGACCAACAGUGGCAACCUUGUUGCUCUUCAAGCUCACGGUCCGGUGUCCGAAUACUUUUGGCCUCACACGAUCAGACACGAUCGGCUGCGUCUGAGGGGGGGACGAGGACGGCGUGUUCUUCUGUGUUUGCUGGAUUGUUUGAAUGUUUAACGUCAUAAUAAUGAACCGAACUUUUCGGGGGGGCGGACGGCGGCUCGGUGGGUAGCACUGUCGCCUCCUAAACACCAGCAGUGUGUGUGUGGGGGGGGUGUGUGUGUUUUUAGGGUAUUUUUAUCGUGGUGCAGUGUUGAGUUGCCGUGUGGGAUGAAACAUG